CCACUCCAAGCCUUCUUCUCGGUUCAUCUCUCCAUGAACAUAAAAAGAAACUUUGCCAGGGAACUUCACACUGUGGCUGUUGAAAGGAAUUCCUGUCCUGUAGAUACUACUGAAGGCCAGGUGAGAAACAGGAAUAGGAAAAGACAUAGCCUGAAGGCUGGGGUUUAGUGGUGGUCAACAACUGCCCACAAGGGGCCAGCCCACAUCUGAGGAUAGUGCCUGAGUCCCAGAAGAGCUUGUCAGGCAAUGUGCUGCUGAUGGACACAGGCCCUGCUUUUGCAUUAUCAACGGAUUCAUUUGGGCCAUGCCAGUGGUGACAUCAUUGAGAGUCUCAGCUUCCAUCUCUCCUUCUCUGUGGAAAACACAAGCAGUUAAGGUCAUGUUUCAGACUUGGGCUCCCCAGAUGAAGGGAUGGAGGCUGGGACUAGUGCCGGGACACUGGUGUGUCAGGUUGGCUGCCAUGGUGCUCUUGGGGGUACUUCUUCUCCCAAGCAUACAGUGUGACCUGGAGUCGGUACAUGGCUCUUCCUAUGAAAUAGUCAUCCCAGAGAGUCUGACAGUCAAGAGAGGCAAAGGGCCAGAACAACAGGCAUCCUACAUGCUAUUCAUGCAAGGCCAGAAGCAGCUGCUUCACCUGAAGGUGAAGACAGACUAUUUUGUGAGUGGCUUUCCCAUCUACAGUUACCACAGUGGCGUCCUGGAGCAAGCAACGCCUUGGCUCUCACUGGACUGCCACUAUGAAGGCUACAUCGAAGGAGUGCCACGUUCUUUUGUUUCUGUCAACAUCUGUUCAGGCCUCAGGGGCAUCUUGAUUAAGGAGGAGACGUCCUACGGCAUUGAGCCCAUGCUGUCUUCCCAACAGUUUGAACAUGUCUUGUACACCAUGGCACACCAAGCCCCAGCCUCCUGCCGUGUGGCGUCCACACACAGUCCAGUGGUGUCCACUGGCCGGCAGCAAGAGAGCCGGAAGCCUCAUAGCCCCCAGCUGCUGUCCUACUUGUGGUCCCACACCAAGUAUGUGGAGAUGUUUGUGGUGGUCAACUACCAGAGGUUCCAGAUGUGGGGCAGUAACAUCAAUGACACAGUCCGGGGAGUACUGGACAUCAUUGCUCUGGCCAACAGCUUCACCAGGGGACUCAAUACAAAGGUGGUGCUGGCUGGGAUGGAGAUCUGGACCGAGGGUGACCUGAUAGAGGUGCCGGUGGACCUGUGGGCUACACUCAGGAAUUUCAACAGCUGGCGGCGAGAGGAGCUCGUCCAUCGUGUGAGGCACGAUGUGGCCCACAUGAUCGUCGGGCAUCAUCCCGGAGAGAACAUGGGCCAGGCAUUUCUCAGUGGGGCCUGUUCCAGUGGUUUUGCGGCAGCUGUGGAAUCCUUCCAUCACGAAGAUGUCCUCCUCUUUGCCGCACUCAUGGUCCAUGAGCUCGGGCACAACCUGGGCAUUCCGCAUGACCACUCGGCCUGCAUUUGUAAAGGUAAGCACUUUUGCCUCAUGCAUGAAAACAUCACCAAAGGACAUGGCUUCAGCAACUGCAGCUCUGACUACUUCUACCGUUUCCUUCACAAACACAAAGGGGCCUGUCUGUUUAACAAGCCACAGCACAAAAGCCGCAAGCGUAGGGGUGCUACCUGUGGAAACGGUGUGAUAGAGGAAUCAGAGCAGUGUGACUGUGGAGAUUCAUGUGAAAAGAAUCAGUGCUGUAACUCAAACUGUCAACUGAAGAAAAAUGCACAGUGUAGUAAUGAACCCUGCUGUGCCAAGUGUCAAUUUCGACAAAAGGGGUUCCUUUGUCGUAAAGUUACUAGCGUGUGUGACCUCCCAGAGUACUGUUCUGGAACAUCUGCAGGUUGCCCUGCAGACAGGUGUAUGCAAGAUGGCACUAAGUGUAAUCAAGAUUUUUAUUGUCUUGAUGCUCAGUGCAUGGACCCUAGUAGUCAAUGUGUACGUAUUUUUGGGUUUAGGUCCGUAUCUGGUUCAGCAGAUUGUUAUAAGUCUGUGAACAGCAGAGGAGACCGAUUUGGACACUGUGGUCGUCCCUCUGACUCUCAGAAAAACUAUGUACAGUGUUCAGAUCAGAAUAUACAGUGUGGAAAACUUAUAUGUACAGGAGUUACUCUCCUUCCACAAGUGAAACCCCACUAUACAAUUAUACAGAUCCCCUCUGGAAGCGAUUGGUGCUGGAGCAUGGAUGCCCAUGAGACUGAAGCUAUCCCUGAUGAAGGAGAUGUGUUGAGUGGCACUAUUUGUGGCCCAAAUAAAUCUUGCCAGAAUUUCACAUGUGCUGAUGUUCCUAUGAUGAAGAUUCCGUGCAAUUCAGAGGAACUAUGUAAUGGGAAAGGUGUUUGCAAUGAUUUAGGGAAUUGCCACUGUAAUCCUGGCUUUUCACCCCCUGACUGCAAAAAUGAAGGAAAUGGUGGUAGUGUGGACAGUGGUCCACCUGGUAAUCCAAAAGAUGAAGGUGCCGGAUUUAGCCUGGCUUCUGCUAAGAAAGAUGAUUCAAUUCUAAAUGUAAAACUAAUAUUAUUAAAAGUUUUAUUUGGAGUAUUAGUAAUAAGCAUAAUUACUUGCUUCAUGUACAUUGUUAGAGAUGCAAAGUCUAAAGAAGGAAGUCUUCCAGAGUCCCCAGAACAGGUUUCAGAAGAAGCCUUGCCUAAAGAGGUGCCACCCGAAGAGUCAGUUAUAGAAUCCCCACCAGAAACAACAGAGGAAAAAGAAGAAUUAGAAGAAUCAGAGGAAUCAGAGGAAUCAGAGGAAGAAUCAGAAGAGGAUGACAGCUAAAUAUAUCUACGUCCUCAAGCACCAUGUAACAAUGGGAAGACCAGGGUAACAGGUCAGGUGGGAAUGGAUGGGACUAGUAUCUCUGACUGGAAGCUCUACAGACAAAAAUAUACCCAUGUGGCAGAAGAAAUUCCAGUACUUUUAUUAUUCAUUUAGUAAAUAAGUGUUUAUUAACAUAUCAAAUGUCUUAGUAUGUUUGCUUUUUCAUAUUUCACUUGCAGUCAUCAUACGUACCCAUAAAUAUUAACAUCUUUGUCACUUUUGAUCAUGUUUUUCAGGACAUACAGUCUUCUGUAUUAACUUGUUUGACAUACAGCUAAAUACAAGAAAUAUUUUCAUGUGAUUGUUAUAAUUUAAUCUCUAAAUGUUUUUAAUGGCGCACAGAGGAUUUUUGCUUUUUUCUUUUGUUUUUUGUGACACUCCUAGUUCUUGAACUCAGAGCCCCUGGUACUGCCUCUUUACCUGUUUUGUUCAAGUUUAGCAUAUUACCACUUGAACCUCAACUCCACUUCAGUUUUUUUAUGGAUAAAUGCAGUAAAAGUCUCACAGACUUUGCUGUCCAGGC